AUGUGCGAUGAGAGACAGAGCAAUGUUUCUCUUUCCCGUUGGCUCCACGCCAUAUAUUCAAGGACACCAAACCCUGGACCUGAGUUCAUUGCCAAGUACAAGGACUAUUUAGCAACAUUUGGUUAUGAUCCUGGGAAAAUAAAGGAUACUCCACAGGACUGUGAAGUGAUGUCUGAUGGUCAGUUAGCUGCUAUGAUGUCUAUGCCAGGUAUGGAGCAAACGCUGACAAACCAGUUUCCAGAUCUUGGAUUAAGAAAGUCUGUCCAGUUUGAUCCUUUCACAAGUGUGUUUGAGACCUUGAAGAAUUUUGUCCCUCUCUAUUUCAAGUACUAG